AAGAAAGAAAGACAGAAAGAAAGAAAGAAAGACAGAAAGAAAGAAAGCUGGAGGGUUGAUUUCUCCGAGGAACAUAUCAAAAGAAGAAGAAUUCUGAAAAACUCUGAACUUCUGUCUCGGCUGUCUGUGUCUGGGACUCACAGGUAUGCAAUGCAUCUGGAAUAUGCCUACAUGGAGUCAGACCUGCCUUCGCCCAGGACCUGUGAACCCUGAUAUCCAGAGAUACUGGCAGAGGACCUCACUAUAUUCUGUCUAGAACAUUCCCCCCACCCACCCCCUUGUCUGCUCAUGGCUCCGUCCCUGGCCACAGCAUUCGCCAGGCGGUGGUGGAUGGCGUUGACGGCCAUCAUAGAGAACCUGUUCUUCUCAGCUGUCCUGCUGGGCUGGGGAUCACUACUCAUCAUGCUGAAGUCUGAAGGUUACUACUCCUACAUGUGCAAUGGAGAAGGGAACCACACCUCCUCCCCCAACCUGUCUGUCCCCCGCCCUCCACCAGGGGUCAAUGAUGAAUACAGUGAUUACUACUCAGAGGAGGAGGAGGGUGUGGUGGGGCUGGGGGAUGGAGUAGAGAUGAGGCCUCUGGCUCCCCAGGACCAUUACGGACCCAUGAGGAUGAACGGCUGGCUCAUCUGUCAGGACCAGGAUGAGAUGUUGAACCUGGCCUUCACCGUGGGAUCAUUUCUCCUCUCAGCCAUCACUCUGCCGCUGGGCAUCGUCAUGGACAAAUACGGACCACGAAACCUACGACUACUGGGCAGUGCCUGUUUCUCCUUUUCCUGUCUCCUCAUCUCCUACGGUGCAUACAAUCCUGAUGAGCUGUCUGUACUCAUCUUCAUCGCUCUGACGUUCAACGGCUUCGGAGGCAUGUGCAUGACCUUCACCUCUCUCACGCUCCCUAACAUGUUUGGUAAUCUGCGUUCUACAUUCAUUGCUCUGAUGAUCGGCUCCUAUGCCUCCUCUGCUGUCACCUUCCCUGGAGUCAAGGUGAUCUAUGACCUUGGUGUGACCUUCAUCACCAUCAUGGUUGUCUGGGCAGCCUGUUCUGGCCUCGUCUUCUUUAACUGCUUCUUCAACUGGCCUCUGGAACCCUUCCCUGGCCCCGAGGACAUGGACUACAGUGUGAAGGUAAAGUUCAGUUGGCUGGGUUUUGACCACAAGAUCACAGGGAAGCAGUUUUACAAUCAGGUGACCAAGGUGGGGAAGCGUCUGAGUGUGGGCAACAGUCUGAAACAGAGAGAGCUGGCCACUAAGGAGGGACACAAACUCUGUCUCUCAACCAUGGACCUGGAGGUCAGCAGAAAACCCAAGGAGGAAUCCCAGUCGUUCAUGCAGAGCAUCAGCAGCCCUCUCUUCAUCCUCUCUCUGGUCACCAUGUCCAUCACUCAGCUCCGUCUCAUCUUCUACAUGGGAGCCAUGAACAACAUCCUGGAGGCCCUCAGCGAUGGAGACCUCAACACUGUCAGUCUGUACUCCUCUAUCUUCGGCAUGCUGCAGCUACUGUGUCUGAUGACGACUCCUGUGAUUGGUCAGAUUAUGGACUGGAAGUUGAAGGACUGUGAAGAUGGAGAGGAGGAGAAGGAACCAGCCAGCAAGGAUCAGCCCAAGCGCAGAGACAGACAGAUCCAGAAGGUGACCAAUGCCAUGCGAGCAUUCAUCCUGACCAACGUCCUAUUGGUGGGAUUUGGCAUCACCUGUCUGGUGCCCAACCUCCCUCUGCAGAUCUUGUCAUUUGUCCUCCACACUGUUGUGAGAGGGUUCAUCCACUCUGCUACCGGAGGUCUCUAUGCUGCUGUGUACCCGUCGUCUCAGUUUGGCAGCCUGACGGGGAUGCAGUCUCUGGUGUCUGCUCUGUUUGCUCUGUUCCAGCAGCCGCUCUUCAUGGCCAUGAUGGGCCCUCUGAAGGGAGACCCACUCUGGGUGAAUGUAGGCCUGUUGGGGGUCAGUAUGCUGGGCUUCCUGCUGCCUCUGUACCUGGUGUGUUUCAGACGCACGCUGCACCACCGGAUACAGGACAGAGACCAGGACUCCAAGAUAUACCUCAAGAUCCACGGGUCUGGAAAACCUGAAGGCCUCCUAUAGAGGGGAGAGAGGGGAGAGAGGGAGGAGAGAGGGAGGAGAGACAGAGACCAGGACUCCAAGAUAUACCUCAAGAUCCACGGGUCUGGAAAACCUGAAGGCCUCCUCUAGAGGGGAGAGAGGGGAGAGAGGGAGGAGAGGGAGGAGAGACAGAGACCAGGACUCCAAGAUAUACCUGAAGAUCCACGGGUCUAGCAAA